ACUCUGUGUUCAGUCAUCACUCAUCAGUGUUGUCUGUGGUGUUGUCAUCGGUCAAAUAUGAGGAAUGUGGAAAGAAUAAUUUUACGUGCUUCAUUAUUUUUAAAUUGUGGAAAAUGAUGAUUUUUAAAUACGUAUUGAGCUAAAAACAAAGAUUACAAAAUGAAGUUAGUUUACAAAAAUAUCGAUAAGGAUGGCAGCGGGAGCAUUGCGCUCAUACCAGAGGAGUCUGAGGAUAUGUGGCAUGCAUAUAACCUUAUCGCAGAAGGAGAUUCUGUAACAGCAUCCACGGUCAGAAAAGUGCAAAAUGAAUCAUCUACUGGAUCAUCUACAAGUAGCAGAGUUAGAACUACUCUCACAAUUUCUGUUGAAAAUAUAGAUUUCGAUACACAAGCAUGUGUUUUACGGUUAAAAGGUCGAAAUAUAGUUGAGAACCAAUAUGUCAAGAUGGGUGCAUACCAUACAUUAGAUUUAGAACAAAAUAGAAAGUUUCAUUUAAAAAAACUCCAAUGGGACUCAAUUUCUUUGGAAAGAGUAGACAUGGCAUGUGACCCUGCCACUUCAGCCGAUGUUGCUGCAGUAGUGAUGCAGGAAGGUCUAGCUCAUGUUUGUCUCAUAACAUCAUCAAUGACAUUAGUGAGAUCUAAAAUAGAUGUUACAAUUCCGAGAAAAAGAAAGGGAUUUGUUCAACAACAUGAAAAGGGGCUCGCUAAGUUCUAUGAAGCUGUAAUGCAAGGUAUCCUAAGGCAUAUAGAUUUUAGUGUUGUAAAGUGUAUAAUUGUGGCAUCGCCUGGCUUUGUUAAGGAUCAGUUCUAUGACUAUAUGAUGCAACAAGCAGUGAAGACAGAUAAUAAAUUGCUGAUUGAGAAUAAAUCCAAGUUUCUGCUUGUCAAAGCUUCUUCUGGAUUUAAACACUCAUUAAAAGAGGUGCUACAAGAGCCUUCAGUGAUGGCUAAGAUAUCAGACACAAAAGCAGCCAGUGAAGUUAAAUUAUUAGAGAGUUUCUAUACAAUGUUACAAUUGGAACCAAAUAAAGCUUUCUACGGCAAGAAAGAUGUGCUGAGAGCCAAUGAAGCUCUUGCUAUUGAAACUUUGAUGAUCUCUGAUAAACUAUUCAGAUGUCAAGAUAUACAGAAAAGAAAAGAAUAUGUUACAUUAGUCGACUCUGCAAGGGAGAAUGGUGCUGAUGUCAGGAUAUUCUCAAGUAUGCAUGUAUCUGGUGAACAAUUAGAUCAGCUAACAGGAGUAGCAGCCAUUUUGCGUUUUCCAAUGGCAGAACUGGAAGACAGCGAUGUAGAAGAGAACAGUGACUCAGAAACUGAUUAACUUAUUUAUAAUUAUAGUUAUUUUAUAGCCUGAAUACAAAAGAAAUAGUUUUAUAUACCUAUAGCCUCAAUUUGUUACAUAUAGUCAAAGUUGUGCUAAGAAUUAAUAUAAAUAAAAUUUAUCAGUUUGUCCGCUAUAUUUGAAGUAAGCAUUUAAUUAGAGACAUGUGAUUAUUUAAUUUAUAAUAUUGACUUAUUUUAAAAUUUAUUGUUAUUAAUUGUACCUAGUACCUACCAAUUACCAUAGAUGAUGUGGUCAUGUAAAGUGUACAAGACUAUGUAGUUAGAGAAAUAUUUUUAUUGUAUGUAGCAUUUGAUAUAAGAUUGUUGAUCACAUUUUUUUUGCAAAUGUGCAGGUUUCUAUUUGCAAAGAUCUUAGCAACACGUAAUUUCAUGUAAAUAUAUUAUUUUUGAAUAUAAAUAUUUCAAACAUAAAAGUUCUUCCUUUUUGGUUUAAAAUUUAUUUCUAUAAUUUUGUCCAGUCCAAAUUGUUUAAGCUAAUCAAAUAUUUACAAUACCUAAUUACCUUUUUAUAUGACUCACAGUAGUCAAUAUAAUGCAGAAAUAUGAAGAUAUUCUAACAAUAUCUAGAUUUAAGUUAUUUUGUGGGAAAAUGCAUCUUGUUGUGUAUUUUGCAUAAGGAAGCUUAUUUUGAUCUAAUAUAAUGUCUCUAUACAUAUUGUUGUAAUUUAUUUCCAAUAAAACACAUGUUUACUGUU